AUAUAAAAGCCGAACCAAGGAAGGGUUCGAAUGUCAGUUGGUCAGUUGUUAUCGGUUUGAACCCAUCCAAAACUCCCAAAGGAUAUCAACAUGAAGUUUGUCGCUGUAUUUGCAUUUGUGUGCCUGUUGGGUCUGUGCCUCGCGCAGGAUACCUCUAUCGUAACCGACGACAAGGAGAUGAACGUUGAUGGUAGCUACAAGUUCUUCUACGAACAAUCGGACGGUCAGAAGCGCGAAGAAACGGCAGAACUCAAGGCAUCGGCUGCCGAUCCGGAAGUACAGGCCAUCUCUGUGAGUGGUUCGUACGAGUACACCGACAACGAUGGCAAGCGAUACCUGGUCACUUACACUGCCGACGAAAACGGAUACCGUCCGAUGGUGAAGCAGCUGUAAGUGGAGUGAUCCACUGAUUUGCUUCGGGUGUUAAGUUUUAGUUGGGGAAUGGGGACAGUGUGGCCAGUGUUACAUGUGCCGAAGCUUCGAAGGAAUAAAUAUGACAAAAAUUAACGUUUCUUCUUAUUAA